AAUGCAACAAGUUGUAAUUUGAUAACUAUUAACCAACAUUUGUAUUAAAUUUUAUAAUUUUUGUUUCUGUUCAACAUUUGAAGUAAAAUAAAUAAAAAGUGUGUGUUAUUUUAAUCUAUCAAUAUUGGAAUCGCAAAUAUAAAAACAUUAAUUAUGUUCAAUGCAUUUAUUGCGGAUUUGUGGAAAAAGGAAUCAAAUGAAGUCGAUGCUAAUUAUGUUGAUUUAUUCGGCGAUGGAUUCGAUACAAUGCAAAUACCAAUGCAACCAAAAAAAUGCAAUAAAAUAUCAACAAAACUACGAACCGAAGGAAAUACAUUGUUCAACAGCAACGAUUGGCUAAAUGCAAUGGAAAAGUACAACGAAAGUCUUCGGUAUGCUGAAGUUAAUUCCGAAAACGUAAGCUUGGCUUAUGGAAAUCGAUCAUCGUGCUUUCUUUGGAUGAAAAUGUACGAAAACUGUCUUGUCGACAUUGAGCUGGCGAUCAAAGCAAACACACGUGUGUCAAAACUUCAAAAGAGAAAAGAUGAAUGUUUUGAGUUGAUGAAAUCCGAUCAAACUCCAGCAGAAGUGGAAAUUCCUCAACUAUUUUAUGAAGCUGACGAAAAUGUAUUGGAAACUCAAAAAAAUAAUCAAAUUUCUUCCGAAUUACGAAUCGCAGGAAAUUCAUUGUUUUCAAAAAAGGAUUGGUUGGGUGCGUUGGCAAAAUACAACGAAAGUCUUCGUUAUGCCGAAAUUGACACCGAAAACAUAAGUACAGCAUAUGGAAAUCGUUCGGCGUGCCUCUUUCAUUUAAAAUUAUUCCAAAAAUGCCUCGUUGACAUUGAGUUUGCGAUUAAAUCAAAUAAAUGGUUGUCAAAACUUGAAAAACGUAAAGUCGAAAGCUUAAGAUUAAUGAAUAACGAUGAAGCUAAAAACGACUUUGAGAUCGAGAUUCCGGAGCUAAGCUACGAGGUUGAUGAAAACUUUCCAGGAAUGGCAAAUGUCUUGGAAAUUAAAAAAAACGACGAAUUCGGCAGAUACAUUGUUGCAAGGUCUAACGUUCCCGUUGGUAAAACGAUUUUGGUUGAGGAGUGUUUUGCAUCCGCCACAGGCGAAGGAAAAUUUAAAGGUUGUACAGUAUGCCAAGAUACUGUGCAAAAUUUUAUUGCUUGUAAUGGUUGCGUCGAUGCAAUGUUUUGUAAUGAAAAAUGCAUGAAAAGAGGAGGUUUUCAUGCAAUGGAAUGUGGCGUGGUAUCUCCGCCUGGCUUUAAGCAAUUCGUUAUUCGUUCUCUUUUGACUGGAAUCGACACGUUCAGCAAUGUUGAUGAACUAAUGAAAUUUGUCGAAGGAGCCGUAAAAGAUACUGACAUACCCACCAAGGCGAAUGAUCCAAAGUCACAAUAUCAUUUAUUUUUGAACCUCAAUUUGAAAGGACCCUCAAAAGACAAUAAUAGUGAUUAUUUGAACUCUCGACACAUAUAUCAUAUUAUAUUGAAUUUUCCCUCUAUGAAGAAGUUGUUUAAUUCAAUAAGAAAGGCACGAUUUCUUAUGCAUUUGGUUGCUUAUCAUCAACUACUUUUAAGUAAAAAUGCAAUAAAUGAUGUACAAAAUGCUUGCCAAGAUAUAUCAAAUGUCGGUGUCGUUUUUUCAUUAUUCAAUCAUCAAUGCGUACCACACUUACUCAUUCUUGGAUUGAAGGAUCGUAUAGUUGGCAUCACUCAACGACCAAUUAAAAAAGGUGACCAAGUGUUUGUCCAAUAUGUAAUGGAUUUCGUGGAAAAUCGACAAGAAUAUAUCAAAAGGAAAUUUGAAUUUGAAUGCAAAUGUGACAAAUGUAAACCGAAAAAGUUAUCAAAUCGAGAAACAUUGAUGCAGUCCCGAGACCAAGACUAUCAGUACAUUUAUCGAAAUCAAGACACUGAUUACAAACUCAUCGAUGAAAAACGUUUGGCUAUGAAGCAACGAUGUAUUGCAUUCCUGGAUAAAUACGGACAAUCUCUAUCAUCGGAAGUGGAAAACGCUCUCAACUGUUAUCGGAGCUGUAUUAUUUGUGGAUGUAUGUUAUUAGAAAGCUUACUUUUUACAUAUUCAAAAUAAUAACAAAGGCGAAACUUUCAUUCUUUUUUCU